AUGUUUAGUAGUAGAUUGCCACCUCCAAAACAUUCGCAAGCACAGGUUUCGACGACUUCAAGCUCAGAUCGCGUUGAGCCCGCAAUAUUGACUGACCAAAUCGCUAAAAACGUCAAGCUCGAUGAUUUCAUUCCAAAGAGACAAUCUAAUUUUGAACUCUCCGUGCCCCUACCAACGCAAGCAGACAUCCAGGAAUGUUCAACAAGAACCAAGUCAUACAUCCAGCGAUUGGUCAAUGCAAAACUAUCGAAUUCAAACAAUAGAGCAUCAUCGAGGUACGUCACCGAAACACAUCAGGCACCCACUAAUCUGAUAUUGAACAACAGCCGGCAUAUUGAGGUAGUAUCCAAACAAAUGGACCCAUUGUUGCCAAGGUUUGUUGGGAAGAAGGCGAGAAAGGUUGUAGCACCCACGGAAAACGACGAAGUGGUGCCUGUCCUUCAUACCGACGGUAGCAAUGAUAAGGAAGAAGCUGAUCCAAAUGACUGGAAGAUACCUGCAGCUGUGUCGAACUGGAAAAACCCAAAUGGUUAUACCGUGGCCUUGGAAAGACGCGUGGGUAAAGCUCCUGACAAUGAAAACGCUAUUAACGAUGGGUUUAUGAAACUCUCUAAAGCGUUAGAAAACGCUGACAAAAAGGCAAGACAAGAAAUCAAGUACAAAAUGGAAUUGAAGCGGCUUGCUAUGGAACAGGAAACGCUGGCCAAAGAAUCUAAAUUGAAAGAGUUGAGCCAGCGCGCCAGAUACCACAACGGGACUCCACAAACGGGAGCAGUAGUGAAGCCCAAAAAGCAAACGAGCACAGUGGCCAGACUAAAAGAGCUAGCGUACUCUCAAGGAAGGGACGUAUCCGAAAAGGUAAUUUUGGGCGCAGCAAAGCGUUCAGAGCAACCGGAUUUGCAAUAUGAUUCAAGAUUUUUCACAAGAGGGGCAAAUGCUUCCGCCAAAAGGCAUGAAGACCAGGUUUAUGACAACCCAUUGUUCGUCCAACAGGACAUUGAAAGCAUAUACAAGACCAACUACGAACAGCUAGAUCAAGCAGUCAAUGUUAAAAGUGAAGGUAGCAGUGGUUCUCAUGGCCCCAUCCAGUUUACUAAAGCUGAAUCCGAUGAUAAAUCAGAUAACUUCGGAGCCCAGGCCCAGGAUGAGCAGUAG